AUGGCUCCAAAAGAGCUUACGCGCCAGCAAGUGUCCUCCCGCCUCACGUACCAGGGCCACACCCCCUCCUUCCUUCAGAAAUUCAAGAAUCGCAUGGAAGGUAUCCCAGACGACGACGACGACCCAUACGAGGAAUUUGAAUAUGACGGCUCCGGCCGCCCGCCGAUACCCAAGCGCCCGCCCAUCCCGCAGCGCCCGCCAGACAACCCCGGGAGCGCGGACGAGCUCGACAAGCUCGACGAGGAGGACGCGGAUGACGAGAGGCCGCAGGUGGUGGUGCUGAAGGAGGGGAGGCAUCUCACGGAAAGGGAGGCGGAGAAUGAGCGGCGGAGAGUGAAGGGUCUGUCUCCGGUUGAGGACUCCUUCGAAGCUCUCGCUCAAGAAGUUAAGGGAGGCAAGGGCGUGGAGUCUCGCGCCAGGCCCGACGAGCCACAUACCAAUUCAUCCGCGAAGCCUGCUGAGGACAAGUCCGGUGGUCUCUCGUUCUCCUCGUCGAGAUCUGCAUCGAAAGCAGGGAAACGGAAAGCGAUUGGCGACCUGAGAGACGAGGCGAAGCAGGCGGGGUCGUCAGUCCCUCCACCUGGUAAGGGGACCAAGAAGAAGGCGAAGAAACCGGAGAAGAAACCACUGUCCUUUGGCGACGAUGCUUAGCGCCUGAUGCAUUCUGAGGACCUGCACUACAGGGCAGAUCGUCUUUGCAGCGCUUCGGUGCAUCAGUACUUCAGCACUGGCGCGGCGAGCAUCGUUGCCGGUCCUGUACCGAUUCUUCGCGUUGCCCUUCGCCAUCACCCGUGAAGACGUCGCGUCUGUCCUCCAGCGCAACUGGAUGUGGAUCCUUUUGAACUCCCGGAAGGGUAACUCUUUGUCGCGGAGCAAUCGGCAGGGAAGGAGGGGGACCAGGUCGAUGUGCAGAAAGAUAUCAAUACUGCAGCUGCAUACAAAGGUAGGUGUCCAACACACCGUGACACUGUAUCCAUGUCUACACAAAGAUCGACAACUCGCAAUUACACCGCACACAGCGGGUCUAGUAGUAAGAUACAUGAUAAACAGUGGUCGAAUACACAAUCCGCACUCUCAAAGUCCUUCGAAGCAAUUAGAUCAGGGAAAAUACCAUACAGUUUGAGUCUUCGGUACACUGCUAAAUGAAAAAAAAAGAUUGUAGAAGUCAAACAGACGUAGAUGUCAGUUGAAAACAUGCAGCCUCUUCCUCAGUCUAUCCACCACACUGCCGUUGCGGCUUAGCCGCAGGGACGACGUCCGCCCGCGCUCCGUCAGCGACGCAGACACAUCGUCUCUCGCCGAGUAAGGCGAGUAAGGCGAAGACAUCGCUGUUGC